AUGUCAGAACCGCGGCAGCGCGGGCCGCGGGCGCUGCCGCUGGCCCUGCUGGCGGCGCUGGUGUUGGCUGCGAUCAUGGCAGGCGGCUUGAACGCCAACUUGGUGGCGCGCUCGGGCGCGGCUGCAGGGGGGCCCGAACAAGUGUGCAACGUGAUUGUUAAGAACCUCACUUCCCAGACAGGCGCGAUCGAGCGGAUAGAGACGACUGUGAAGCAGCUGGGCCCUCAGAACGAGAGCCUGGAGAAGCUGUCGGCCAACGUGGCGGCCAUGUCGCAGCGCAGUACGGCCCAGCGGGAGACUUUUGCCCACAUGGUGUCUGACCUGUCGGACCUCAGGGCGCAGCUGAACGCACUCAAGAGCGACCUGCACAAGGCGCUGAAGGAGGCCAAGGCAUCCUCGGACGCGGCAGCGGCGGCAGCAGCGGCGGCAUCAAAGCAGGCCCAGGCGGCGCUGGCAGCGUCUAAGGGCAGGGCGGGCCCCCGGCAGGGCGGCGGUGCUGAGGGGAGCGUUGUCGUGCUUAACAAGGUUGGUGUGCGCAACGUGACGUUUGGCGGGGCCGACGCGGUGGUGGUGGGCCUCCGCGACGACAACCUUGCUGGGGGGGAGGUCCUCAAGACCGGGCGGCUCGACGGCGCGGACAAGCUGGCGGCCAUGCUCGCCUGGGUCAAGCCCGAAAGCACAGUCGUGGACGCGGGAUGGUGA